GGGCGCAGACGUGCGCAGCACGCUUCCCGGGCCGCCUGGGUGGGCACUUCCCUGGCCGGCUCAGCCUUCCGCUCGCCGGGAUGCGCCCCCUCCGCGCGUUGCUGGGACUGCUGCUCCUGGGGGUGCUGGGAGCCUUCCCGCAGGAUCGAGUUCCGAGGGACGUCUAUGCUGGAGACCCUGGACACCAUCACGACAAAAGUGCCGGGCUGACCCCGCACCUGCCGUGCCCGCAGGGGUCACCUGACUGCAGGAAGCAGUGUGACCCUGACUACUACCUGGACAGGAACGGCCGCUGCACGGCCUGUGUGAGCUGUUCUGGAGGCGAUCUUGUGGAGAAGAUGCCAUGCUCCUGGAACUCCUCCCGCGUCUGUGAGUGCCGCCCUGGCAUGUUCUGUGCCACGUCAGCCACCAACUCCUGUGCCCGCUGCAUCCCCCACACCGUGUGCCCUCAAGGGUUGAUUGCCAAGGUCCAGGGCACAGCACAGGAGGAUACUGUGUGUGAGCCGCCUUCCCCGGUGACCAGCCCUGGCCGGUGCACCAGCCCAGAAGACUGCCAGGCGCCCACCAGCAGCACCAGCGCCAAGGCCAGGCCCUUGGUGACCUCAGAGAGCUCCGGUGCCAGGACCAUGCCACUUGGAGGGGGCACUGCCCUCACUCCCAGAGGUGAUUCCAAAAUGAUGAGGGCCCCCAGCUCUGCCUCCCCCGUGAGGAAGCCCAGACCAGAUCCAGGGCUGACCCCGCACCUGCCGUGCCCGCAGGGGUCACCUGACUGCAGGAAGCGGUGUGAGCCUGACUACUACCUGGACAGGGACGGCCGCUGCACGGCCUGUGUGAGCUGUUCUGGAGAUGACCUGGUGGAGAGGACACCCUGCACCUGGAACUCUUCUCGUGUCUGUGAAUGCCGACCUGGCAAGUUCUGUGUCACCUCAGCCGCCAACUCCUGUGCCCGCUGUGUCGCCCGCCCCAUCUGCCCACCAGGCAAGGCCACCAAACCCCAGGGUAUAGCCGAGAGGGAUGGCACCCAGGAGCCGCCUCCCCCAGAGUCUGGCCCUGAGUGCAGCACCAACCCAGAGGGUGGCAAGGCGCCCACCAGCAGCACGGCCUCUCUGGCCUCCCCAGCCAACCCCCAGAGCAGUAAGGAGCAAGGAGUGGGCAUCACGCACGCCUGGGGAGACACCUUCACUUCGACGAGCCUUCCCAUCUCUUUCUCCUCCACGGGAAAGCCCAUCCUGGUUUCAGGACCUGUGCUCUUCUGGAUGGCCCUGAUCCUAGUGGUAGUCUUGGCGUCCGUCUCCUUCCUCCUGUGCCACUGGACAGCCUGCAGGAAGUGGAUCCAGCAGAAGCUCCACCUGUGCUACCCUGCCCGGACCUUCCGGCCCACACUGGAGCCCGCGGAUUCCAGGCCCAGGAGGAACCUGAUGCAGCUGAAGGGGAGCGAAUUGGUGGCGGAGCUGGGCACGGAAGAGCUGGGGUUAAUGAGCCCCCUGGCCGUGGAGACCUGCCCCAACAGGGGGCCCCACCUGGAGAGCAUGCGGCUGCUGGAUGCCAGCCCGGCUGGGAGCCCCGAGCCCCACAGGGACCUUCCCGAGCCCCGAGUGACCUCGGAGCCCACCAACAACAGGAUCGAGAAAAUCUACAUCAUGAAGGCUGACACAGUGAUUGUGGGGACCGUGAAGACCGAGGUGCCCGAGGGCCGGGGCCUGGCAGGGCCGACCGGGCCUGAGUUUGAGGAGGAUCUGGAAGCGGACCAUGCCCCUCACUUCCCGGAGCAGGAGACAGAACCACCUCUGGGCAGCUGCAGGGAUGCCAUGUUCUCAGUAGAAGAGGAAGGAAAGGAGGCCCCCUUGCCCAUGACCGUCUCUGAGAAAUGAGGUCUGGCCAGGGCUGGGGCUAAGAGGGCAGCUGGGUGGCCCCUGGGAGGCCAGGGCGGCACUAGCGGCGCCAGGCUGGUGGCAGAAGUCCGUGUGGCCUGAGCUGAGGUUCUGGCAUCCAGUGGAAGACCAGCCUGGGCAGGGGGUUCUGGUGGUUUCUAGUUGCGCCCCACCCAGCUGCCCCCAAGCCCGGAGCCCAGGGGAGCCUGGGCUCAUGCAGUGGAGACAGCCCAGGCAAACAGCAGGGACGGGGCGCCCAUCUCCCGUCCGCCAGGAAGAUGCCCUUGGAGCCCUGAGUAUCAGACACACCACCAGGGCUGGAGCUCACUGGUGGCACAGGACAUGAGGCAUGUACCCCUCUGCCGGCUUCUCUCACCCCGGGCCUCAGGAGCAUGCCCCCCGACCUUGCUGCUGUGUCAGCAGCCCCCGGUUACUGUAGCGUGGCCCCUGUGGGCACUGAGCCAGCGCCUGUGGCGGUUUCUCCGGAGUCAGCAGGGAAGCCGAGGGAUGAGGCAUUGGCUGCUGGCCCCAUCUUGACAACGGCCACCGCGCUGUGCUCGAUGCCAAGGUGCACGUGCCUAGCCUGACGUGCCCUGCUAGGGCUGAGCAACACCUCUUGGUGCCACCAGCCCUUCCCUAUGCUGCAGCCCCCACGGUGGGCUGAGGCCUGGGGUCAGCUGUCUCAAGAUAUCCCUACCAGUCCUCCCAGUGGGGGGCAUCUUGGGACCCAGAUGGCUGCAGACACUCCAACUGCAGGGUCUCUCCUGGAGAGGUCUAACUGCUGCCCCCGGAGAAGAGCCUGUAAAGGGGAGCCGGGCCCUUCCUGGAUCCUUGCCUGCCUGUGGGCACCCCCCUGCUGUGACCUGGGACCUGAAGAUUCGUCCUUCCCAGAUCAGCCAUGCUUCUAGAUCCGGGCGGCCCCGCCCUGCCCUCGGGCUCCCACUGCUCAGCACCCCCAGUGGCGGGGAUAUGGAUGUCAAAAAGUAACUCAGUUUUGCCUGGGCAUUCAGAUGCCGCCUUCUGGAUUCUCAGAAGAGCAAGUAGUUCAGUCCGGAUUUCAGGAUCGUUGCAUUUCACGAGAAAGAGUAAAGCUGCCCCCCCUGGGCCUGCUGGCCUGCUCUCCCGGGGCGUCCAGACUCCUGAAAACAAACCAGGGGCCUGAGAGGGGCCUGCGGGCAGAGGACAGGUCUGCCACGGCCCAGGGCGCUGAGCCUCAGCCGCCUGGAGGCUCCUGGAAUUACCCACUGGAGGCCAGGCCGGGAAAGCUGCUGUUUACUCGCCAGCCUGCUCGCUCUCUGGAGGAAGUCGAGGCUGGGUCCGGAAUCACAAGGGUAGUUUCUGAAACUGUUGAAUGUUUGGGGGAAAGGUUGGAGAGGCGAGGACGCGGACAGACACAUCAGAACCUGGAGGACUUGACAUGAGAUUUUAGUGACAGUACGGGCACGCUGCGCCUGGAGCUUCGGCUCCUAGGGGCCUCGAGGACCCGCUGCCCCUGCCCAGCAGGGUUCUGGCCAUCUUGACUUGAAGAUAUGACCCAUGUCUAAUGAAAUGGAGCACCCCUUGCCCAAAGUCCCCUCACAAAACUUUCGAGCCUCCAAAACCUUUGAUCCUCAGAAAAUCAGUAAGGUCCCUUAAGAAAACUAAUUGUAAGCCUCAGGAAACUAUCUUUGGGAUUAAGAGUAUUUGAGAACCUCCGAGCAGGAAGCAUCUGUGCAGCCUGUCUCCCUGGGGGGCAGGCGGGUCCCUCUUCACCCAUCCACCCGGCGCCCACCCUCAGGUGACCGAGAGCCCGCUCUCUGCUGAGGCGGCCCUUCCUCCCAGUAACUCCUCCUCCCUGGGCCUAGAACCUGUCCCCCCCGGGAUAUGCAAAAUAAAGUCUCUCGUAGUAAGUCUC